UCCCUGUUUUACUACGAGUCCCUCACAUUUUAAUUUCCCUCCUUUGUUAUAGGGGCCCUGACAAUCACGUGUAAGACUUUCUACUCCUCCAAUAGUUCCCUGUUUUACUACGAGUAUUGCUCGGUGGGCUGCUGUGGAUCAGAACGAAGUCGGAAAUGCUGCUCCGCGGAUAAUACGGGCGCCAUUGUCGGGGGUGUGGUUGGGGCUCUGGUUUUCUUCCUCAUUGUCUCCGUGGUCAUGUUCAUAUGUUGGCAAAGCAACAAGAAAUCCAAACAGCUUGUCGACGUGGAACCCGAAAUCGAUGAGUUUGGAUACGAAUUAGAGGUUAUGGGUGAUAUGCAUCCAUAUCAAACCGGAAGUGAACCUUUUAACUCUCCAGUCUCUCCGAGUCAUCUCCAGGGAGACUUCCGGCACGGUGACGUUGACGCAGAGACAUUUCCCAAACACCACGGAUGUCCCCCGCCGGAAUACGAGGAGAACCUCCCCCCGAUGUCUCCCCCGCCCACUUACAAGGAGAGAGAAGAAACCGUAAUGUCGGAAGAGCGUUACUGAUUCUGCGUGGGACUGGAGUUUAUGGAGGGAUUCAUUUGUGGGGGCAAUUUUUAAAAAACUUGAUGAAAUCUUGGCACUGAGAUCA